AUGUCGCCGAGACGGCUGCACCUGGCCGUAUGUGCCGCGGCAGCAGCCAACUACCCUCCCAUCCCAGCCGACUUGACCACUCCGGUGCACCAGCGUCUUGCCAUCAGCGGCCCGAACUCCGUAACUGUCGGCUGGAACACAUACCAGCAACUGAGCCAGCCUUGUGUCCAAUACGGCACCUCGCCAGACGACCUCAGCUCGCAGGCAUGCUCGACGUCGUCGGUGACGUAUCCGUCGUCGCGCACCUGGUCCAACGCGGUCACCAUAACCGGCCUUAAGCCGGCGACCACGUAUUAUUACAAGAUUGUGUCGACAAACUCAACCGUGGACCACUUCAUGAGCUCCCGGGUGGCCGGCGACAAGACGCCCUUCACCAUCAGCGUCGUCAUCGACAUGGGCGUCUACGGCGCCGAUGGCUACACCAUCGAGAACAACCCGGCCAAGCGGGACACCAUCCCAUCCAUCGAUCCGUCGCUCAACCACACCACGAUCGGUCGCCUGGCGCAGACCGUCGACGAUUACGAGUUCGUCGUGCACCCGGGCGACCUCGCCUACGCCGACGACUGGAUCGAGAAGGCGCACAACUGGCUGGACGGCCGCAACGCCUACCAGGCCAUCCUCGAGACCUUCUACAACCAGCUCGCCCCCAUCUCGGCGCGGAAGCCCUACAUGGCGAGUCCCGGCAACCACGAGGCCGACUGCGAAGAAGUGGCGUUCGCGGCGACGCUGUGUCCGGACGGCCAGAAGAACUUCACCGACUUCAUCAACCGCUUCGGCCGGACGAUGCCCACGGCCUUCACAUCCACAUCGGCCAGCGACGCCGCGAGGGCCAAUGCGAACCGGGCUCGCCAGCUCGCGAACCCGCCGUUCUGGUAUUCCUUCGAAUACGGCAUGGUGCACUUCGUCAUGAUCGACACCGAGACGGAUUUUGCCGACGCGCCGGACGCGCCCGGCGGUUCCGCGGGACUGGGAUCCGGCCCGUUCGGCACGUAUGCGAACCAGCAGCUCGACUUCCUCGCGGCCGAUCUCGCCUCCGUGGAUCGCACCGUUACCCCGUGGCUAGUCGUCGGCGGACACCGGCCGUGGUACACGACCGGUGGCAGCGGGUGCGCUCCGUGCCAGGCUGCCUUCGAGCCGCUGUUGUACAAGUACGGCGUUGACCUGGCCAUCUUCGGCCACGUGCACAACAGCCAGCGGUUUACGCCCGUCGUGAACAACACGGCCGACCCGGCCGGCAUGACCAACCCGAAAGCGCCCAUGUACAUUGUUGCCGGCGGCGCGGGCAACAUCGAGGGCCUCAGCUCCGUGGGCACCAACGUCUCGUACAACCGGUUUGCCUACGCUGAUGACUUCAGCUACGCAACGGUUAGCUUCUUGGACACCCAGCGGUUGCGCGUUGACUUCAUCCGCAGUGACGACGGUGCCCUGCUCGACAGUUCAAUCCUCUUCAAGGAACAUGACGAGCAGUUUGUUGUGCAGUGA